AUGGAUGUCUCCACAGAGAGAGAGCAGCAGUCAAGCCUUCCUUCUUGCCUUAGGAAAAGAGAAGAGAUGAAACUGAAGGAGUGUGUGCCCAUCUUCCCACAGAAGGAAAGCCACUCCAGCCGCCUCCCCAAAGAUGGAAAGCUGCUGGCCGCCACUCUGCUGCUGGCCCUGCUGGCCUGCUGCCUCACUGUGCUGUCUUUCUGCCGGGUGGCCGCCCUGCAAGCGGACCUGGAGAGCCUGCGGGCGGAACUGCAGGGCCACCCAGCUGAGCAGCUGCCAGCCCGCCCUGAGGCAGGAGCAGCAGCCCCCACGGCCACCCUGCAGGAAGCUCCAGCUGUCACCGCAGGACGGAGAAGCAUCUUCCCGCCACCAGCUCCAGGAGAAAGCCACUCGGGUCAGAACAGCAGGAAUAAGCGUGCCAUUCAGGAUGCAGAGGAAACAGUCACUCAAGACUGCUUGCAACUGAUUGCAGACAGUGACACACCAACCAUAAGAAAAGGAUCUUACACCUUUGUUCCGUGGCUUCUCAGCUUUAAAAGAGGAAGAGCCCUAGAAGAGAAAGAGAAUAAAAUAUUGGUCAAAGAAACUGGCUACUUCUUUAUAUAUGGUCAGGUUUUAUACACCGAUAACACCUUUGCCAUGGGACACCUAAUACAGAGGAAAAAAGUGCAUGUCUUUGGGGACGAAUUGAGUCUGGUGACUUUGUUCCGAUGCAUUCAAAACAUGCCUGAAACACUACCCAAUAAUUCCUGUUACUCAGCUGGCAUUGCAAAGCUGGAAGAAGGGGAUGAACUUCAACUUGCAAUACCACGAGAAAAUGCACAAAUUUCACGGGAUGGAGAUGGCACCUUUUUUGGUGCAUUGAAACUGCUGUGA